UUCCAACCACCAGCCUACCUCGUCACUCGUCACCUCCCUACAUAUAUGUCCUCUACCUGCUUCUCCUCAGUCACCACCUCUCUGAGAUCACACAAGUAGCUACUCCAUCUAUACUUGCCGAUCUAGCCACACUACACUUCGCUCGCUCGACGACCGACCAAUGGCUCCUGCGACCAUCCGAGGCGGCCGCGCGGUUGCGCCGGCGGCUCUGCUCGUCGUGGCGGCGCUACUGGCGGUGGUGGCGUUCGCGCCGCGGGGCGCGAGCGCGGCGCUGUCGUGCUCCACGGUGUACACCACGCUGUUGCCGUGCCUCGGGUACGUGCAGUCGGGCGGCAAGGUGCCGCCGACGUGCUGCGCGGGGAUCAAGAACCUCGUGUCCAGGGCAGGCUCCACGCCCGACCGCCGCGCCGCCUGCUCCUGCCUCAAGAGCAUCGCCGCCCGUGCCGGCGGCGGGCCGUACCUCAGCCGUGCCGAGGGGCUUCCCGGGAGGUGCAACGUCCAGCCGCCAUUCAAGAUCAGCCCCGACGUGAACUGCAACUCGGUAAACUGAGGACUGCUCUCCACGAUACAUGAAGGAUGUUGUUUCGCUGCAACGUAUAUAUGAGCCGUUGUGAAUCACGAACGUACCCUACAUGUGCAGUACUACUGCGAUCGAUGAGUUUACUAGAUGGCGAAUAAUCGUCUAACUGUAUUACACUUAAGAAAUACUCUAUUUAUGAAUAAAAUCGUUGGAUGUUUAGAGCAA